GGCAGUCGCUGCGCAGUGGCUUGUGCUGCGAGAGCGCUCUCGGCAGCUCUCGGCGGCUCUCGGCCGUGCUCUCGUCGCCCUGUUUUUUCUUCCAGCCACGCGGUUCGAUCCACUGACAGCCAUCCCGGCUCGAUCCACCCUGGUCGCUUCGACACCCUUUUCGCUCCGUUCCCGUCCGAUCUUGCUUGCUGUCUGCAUCUGAUCUUGCGCCCAUCCCCCAAAGCUCUCUCCAACGCCAUGUCUGAGGAAAACGCCACCGCCGCUGCCGCCCCCGUCGUUGAGGAGGACGUCAACGCUCUGACCCCCAACAACGUCACAAAGUACCAAACUGCUGCCGAUAUCGCCAACCGAUCUCUGGCCAACGUGCUCUCUGCUGUCGCUGAUGGCGUCCUCGUCGUUGAUCUGUGCAAGGUCGGUGACGAUGCCAUCGUCGAAAUCUCCAAGACGGUCUACAACAAGGGCAAGGUCAACAAGGGCAUUGCCUUCCCCACCACCGUCUCCAUCAACAACAUCAUCUGCCAUCUCUCGCCCCUUCCUGGCGAUCAGGAGGCUGCCCUCGUUAUCAAGAACGGAGAUCUUGUCCGAAUUGAACUUGGUGCCCAUGUGGACGGCUACAUUGCCCAGGUUGCCCACACCGUCGUCGUUGGUGCCUCCAAAGAAGCCCCCGUCACCGGUCGCCAGGCUGAUGUCCUCCAGGCUGCCUACCUCGCCUCGGAAGCCGCUAUUCGCCUCCUCAAGCCCGGCAAGACCAACUACGAUGUCACCGAGGCCGUCGAGAAGAUUGUCCAGGAUUUUGACUGCAACCCCAUCGAAGGCAUGCUCUCUCACCAGAUCCAAAAGGAUGUCCUGGACGGUCCCAAGCAGAUCGUCCUGAACCCCACCGAGCAGCAGCGCAAGGAGAUCGAGACCUUCACCUUCGAGGAGGGUCAGGUCUACUCGAUCGAUAUCCUGAUCUCCACUGGCGAGGGCAAGCCCAAGACCCAGGAGACCCGCACCACCAUUUUCAAGCGCAACGCCGGCCUGAACUACCAGCUCAAGAUGCGAACAUCCCGCGUCGUCUUCUCCGAGGUCACCAGCAAGUUCGGCAACAUGGCGUUCUCGCUCCGCCAGUUUGAAGACGAGAAGAAGGCCCGCAUGGGCAUGAUCGAGCUCGCCAACCACAACCUUGUUAUUCCGUACAACGUCCUGUACGAAAAGGAGGAUGCCCACGUUGCCCACUUCAUGUACACCGUGCUUCUGAUGCCCAACGGCCCUCUCAAGAUCACCAGCUUCCCAUGGAGCGAGGAGCUCGUCAAGAGCGAGAAGGAGCUGAAGAACGAGGAGCUGAAGGAGCUGCUGAAGCAGCCCGUCCGUGCCUCGAAGAAGAAGAACAACAAGAAGACUCGAUGA